AUGUCGCAUUUCGAGGACGGCGGCUUAUCGUUUCUCUUCCUCGUUUUCUUCUUGAGGCAUUGGCGGAGCUUAAGAUGGCGUUUACCCAGAUGGCUCCUAACUUUUUUUCGCUAUUCCUUGGCCUCCUGGGUCCGAGCUCAGGAGGAAGGUCUUGAGUUCGGACUCAGGGAGUUGAAGCAAUUGUUCGCUAUAAAGCGGAACAAUGGCUUUCCUGGCACGAUGAUUCUUGCUCCCCGCUCUGGUCGUGUUAUUAUUGAAGGCAUUCCCAAUAAAGAUGAUCGAUGGAGAGAAAAGUUCUUUGUUUUUAAGGUUAACCCGGCGUCGGUCGGGGAUUUUGACUUUGAGAGGAUCCCUAGGGAAUGGUCCGAUGACAUUGAGCCCUUCGGCCCUGUGCCCAUGACUCCCGAGCUUCGUGGGUUAAUGGCUACUUUGCGACGUGGUGUGAACCGUGCUACUCAUGUUGCCUUGGUUGCUCCCGUUCGGCCCAAGAAAGGUCGUGGCAACAAGAGGAAGAAGGAGAAGGAGGUGUUGCUCGAUCGUCCUGAUGAGUCUUCGGAGGUCGGGUCGUUAGAGCGAGCUCAGAAAGUUCAGCGCGGGCCGGUUCUUAGAUCGAGGUCGCAGGCUCCGUUUCCUGGCCUUCUGGCUAGGCCGGUGUCGAUUCCUAUCCCUGCCGGCGGGACUCGUAAAGCAUCAGAUAACUCGGCGAGUUCUGCUGGCGAUCGAGCUCUUAACGACGUGGUCGAUUCAUUGACUCACCAGCGUCGACGUUGGGUCAUGGAGGAGAUUAACAUUGUGACUUCGGGGUCAUCGAGCUCGAAACUCCCUCCACCGUUACGCGUUUCUGGUGAAGGUACUUCGCGGAUUAACUCCGGCGCCCGUCUUUCGAGCGUGCCCAAAGCCUCUUCAUGGGCGUUUUCAUGUGAUAACGAGAUUCCUAUCCUUGAGAACCCCGAUUCCCUCGCUGCAAUCUGGCAUAAGAUCAGAGCGGAAGGAUGCGAGCUCCCUUCUCUGGAGCGUAUGCUAGAGCGUGAUGCCUAUGUUCGGAUGGCAGUUGUGAAUGCCAAUGCUAUGGAGGCGAGCAAUGAAUACGCCGCUUUGAUGGAGGGGCGAUUGGCUAAUUUUGCAAGUAAGGAGGAGAUCGCGGGUCAUCUUCUCACGAUCCAACAGCUUCGAGGUGAGUUGGAGGUUGCUCGGGAGGUGGAGAGGCAGUGCGAAGCGGAGAUCGAGGAGUCGAAGAAGAAGUUGGCUGCUGCUGAGGCGGGGAAGGUCACUAUUCAGAGCAAUCUUGACUCGAUGAAGGAGAAGCAUAGGCGAGAGAUCGAAGGUCGAGAUAGGGUUCUGGCUGUAGUGAAGAACAAGUUGGAGCAGAAGAAAAAGGAAAUGGCUGCGGAGAUUCGUUUGCAAGAGGCGCGAGCUCGUAUUGAGGCUUUGAUUGAGUAUAAUGAGGGUGGCUUCGAUCUCGAAGCGGAGUUGGAGCAUCUUAAAGACCUGGAGGUUUCGCUCGAAGUUGAUUAUUGUCUUCCUUCGGUGUUGGAUCCUUCUCUUAGUUGCCUCGAUCUUCCUGAGAUUUCUGGAGAUUCGGUCAAUCAGGAAUGA